AUGGUUCAAAUCAGACUUGUUAGCGUUUUCGCGGCCACGGUGCUAGCUUGGGUUACAAGUGCCCAUAUAACGCUAGAGGACAUAGAUUCAUUGAGAUCCAUCACCAGAGACUGCAAUGAGAAGAUACGAUCUUUGAAGUCAUCUCAUAAUGGGAAUCCUGCCCAAGCAGUAAUCUUAGACAACGAGAGUUCAAAAGACGAGAUCGAAGACGUUGUGGCUGGCUCCUUGACGUAUUUAGACGGAGAAUUACUCAGCCUAUUGAAUAUUCCCGUGAAAGAUAUAGCAAUCGAGAAUCCUAAUUGUCCUGAGGUCGUCAAGCACUGCCAUGUCUUUCUUCAGGCAACCACGAGACUCUUGCAAGCUAUAGAUGAGAAGCAACAAGAAUUCGGAUGGGACACGGAAAGUAGCAUUUAUAAUGCCCUCGGCUGGAUGCAGUCCCUCUGGGCUUCCAGAUCUGCAAACGAACAGCACUUGAGCUUUAUUGAACAGCAAAUGCGUCUGUACAAAUCCUCAAGUUGCUUCAACAAUGUCAACGAUGUACUCAGACAAGAUGUCGAGAUCGUGGAGUACUUGAAUGACUUGAUGGAUACGUUCUGA